CUCGACGGCAAGAUCGACUCGGCCAAAGUGAGUCCCAGAGACCCGCGCUCCGAUUCCAGACACGUCAUCUGCGUCUACAACCAGAACUUCACCGAAGAGGAGCAGGUGAUGCGUCUGGACGCCGUCAUCCACGCCGCCGGCGUCAAGUGCGUCCUCUACUACAAACCCGACGUCUACUCGUACCUGGGCAUCUACCGCAACAACCGCUGGAAGAUCUGCCCCACCAUCUACGAGAGCAUGUUCGACCUGGAGAGCGUUCCUCACCGCUCGCACAUCAUCAACAAGGUCACCAGCCAGGAGCUCACGUGAAGCUGUUCGUUCCUGACACUCUUGGAGGAGAUCGGUCUCGUAGAAACGUUCUGUUAUCCAGCGAUGACUGCAUGUGAACACAGCCCAAACAUUCAAGGGCUUUGAGAUUUUUGAGUUUUUCCUUUUAAAACGUCUUUUAUAUUUAACGAGGCUGGUUUUGUUCAUUUGUUUGUUUUGCCAAAUAAAUCCGGGGCAUUUCAAACGGUGUUGCUCUGUGAGAUAAAGCAGUUGCUCGCAUUCAUUGCAGCUCACAUAAUAACAACACAAAAGCGUGUUUCGUUUGUGAUCCUCCUCGAAUCGUGCCAGAACGGGAGAUCUG